AUGGCAUUUUGUAAAGGCAAAUAUAAAAAUGCAGGUUCAAAUGAUGACCAGUUGUUAUUCCAGAAUUGUUGUCAAUCUAUUGAAUAUUUAAAUUUGUAUUUUAAAGAUUUAAAAGAUUAUCUAAUUAGAUAUAAUAAAUUCGAAGAAUUAUAUAACUACUGUUAUAAUAUUAUAGCAAAUGUACAAAAAAAUUCUCCUGCAUCUAGAAUAACAUCUCUAAAAGUGGCUAGUUUAUGUCUUAUUAUUAACGAGAAAAAUGUUUCUCAUCUUGUCAAUACAGAUAUAUUACAAUAUGCAUAUAAAAUAUUAAAAAGAAAUAAAGAAGGAAAAAAUAAAAAAUUUCUAACAUAUUUUGGAGAUAUUACAAAUAUUGAGAGAAAUAUGUUAUCAAGAGAAUGUGAAUAUUUAUUUAGAAAUCUUAAUCAAAUAAAUUUAAUAAAAAAUACAAAAGAAGAAAAAUAUAUUAAUAAUCUAAAAAAUAAAUUAGAAAAAAAUAAAAUUUCCAUACCUCAAAAGGCAAAUGAUUCUUUAUCAUAUGUACUUAUAUUAAGUGAUUUUAAUAAAUAUAAGAGGGAAAUAUUGGAAUGUUUAGAAAACGAAUUUGUGAACCACAACAAACUUGAUAGUGUAUAUUCCACAUAUGUCACGCUUUUAAAAGAGUUGAAAGAAAAGACUGUAAAAUUUUUGAAAAAUGGAGACUAUCACCUAUAUUGCAAUUUUCAUGAUGAAAUACAAGAAGAACACGAAAUUAACAUAAGAUAUGAAUCCUAUCUAGACAGUUUCACAUCUAAUAAGAAUGAUAAAAAAGAAUUGAAAAUUACAAAUAAACAGAAUAGUUUAAAAAGUGAAGAAGAAAAAAAGAAUAAAUUAACUAAUGCAAAUUCUAACAUAUCAUCCACAUCUAUAGAAAAUAAUAAUAUAGAUGUUUCCUUUACAAAAUGUGAUAAUAAUAGUAAUAUGUCUUUAAAAAAUAAUAAUACUUCAAAUAAUUCAGAAAAUAAAAGUCUAUCAAAAAAUUUGUCUAAUACGUUAACCUCAUUCGCUAUGUCACUCAACAAAAAAAUUUUUAGCGAUAAAUCAGAUGAAAACCAAAAGAAUCAAAAUGAAAAAGACAAUUCAGACAUGUUAAAUAUGGAUGAACAAAUAAAUGCAGAUAGUGUAGAUAAAACAAAAGAAGAGGAAGCUAAUGUGGAUGAAAUAAAAAUAAAUGACAAUGAUAAAAAUAAAGAUGAAAAAGUUGAAAAUAUGAAAAAACAAUUAUCAAGUAAAACGGUGGCUUUUAAAAUGGACCAAAAGGAUUCAAAUAAAGAUCAAACCCAAAAUAAAGAUAAUGCAAAUAACGGAGGAAACACAUUCAAUAAAAUACAAAACGAAAUAAUCGACGAUUUUAAUUCGUUCUUAAAUGAAGAAAAUGACGACAUAUAUUUUGAUAAGCUAAAUGGACAUAAAUAUCUAGAAUUUAAAAAUAAUGUGAGUGAUGGAAAUUCAGCAUUGUGGGAAAAUUUAAUUAAGAAAAGUAAUUUUUAUGAUAUUAAAGAAGAUUUUGAAAAUUAUAAUAAAAUUAUUAAAAAGCAAGAAGAAAAUGAACAAGAUAAAACAAAUGAAGAAAAAACAUUGGGAGAUUUAUUAGGUAUGAAUAAAUAUGCAUCAAUAAAAAAUAAAAAUCAUAAAGAUAUAAAAAGUACUACUCUCAAUACAGAUGAUUUUUGUCAUAUGAUCAAAAAUUUUAAUAUUAAUAAUAUGAAUGGUCAUAUAAAUUUAGAAAAUUAUCCAAUGAAUGUUAAUAAUAAAGAUAAUCUUUUUAUGACCGAUACUUUUGUUCAGUCAACAAAUACAAAUAAUGCAUUUCAAGAUACACAUAUUAAAUUGGAAAAUAAACAAGAAGAAAAUGGUACUUUGAAUCCUCUUAAUAAAUAUUUUACUAUGCAUGAUAAUAUAUAUUAUAUACAAAAGGCUAUUCUCAAAAAUAAUUCAGUCCUUUAUAAGGAUGACAAUAUUGAGAUAUCUCUAGAUCAGUAUUACUAUGACUUGAAUGGGCUUUUGAAAAUUUUUUUAAAAAACAAAAAGGUUGUUAACUGUUAUGAUGUUGAUAUACAAAUAUCAAACAAAAUGCUUUUCCCCUUAAAGAUGAAAUUUUUAAAUUUUGAAAAAACCUUGUCAAUGAAUUCGACAAACUGUUAUGAAAUAGCUGUAAAGUGUUUACAUAUAUAUAAAGGAUUCCCCCUAAUCAAAUUGUCGUAUAGAAUGCAAGAUAUGUUUAAAAAGACCAUCGAGCUAAGACUUCCAAUACCUAUAACAAAGUAUAUGAAGAAAAUGGAAAUUUCAAAAGAUGUUUUUAAUAAAUUCUGGAGUAAUAAUAAUUUUAAUGAAUACAAAAAAGAAAAAAUUAUUAAUAAAAGUGAUAUAGUCGAUAAUGAAUUGAUUGUUAUGGAUUCUUGUUUGGGUGGAGCCCUUGGAUUAUGUUAUGUAGAAAAUAUGAUUUACUUAUGUGGUUGUUACUCUAACAGUUCUGCAGAUCACGAAAAUUAUUUUGUGCUUGUCGGUAUUGAGAUGAUAAAGAAAAAAUUGAGAAUCGUAUGUAAAUCAAAUAACCCUACUUUAUCAUCUGCUAUUUUAUUUUUAAUCGUAUUGAUGCACAAGAAACAUGAAACAUAA